GAGCGACCCAGGAGGGACCUCAAGGCAGGGAUCAGGAGAGCAGAUCAGCGACUAACGCUCACUCGGCAGUCUGAGUGGAAUUCUUGCGGCCCUCUGAAUAAUUACGUACGGCACUGAGCGAAUCUCCAGAACUCCCAGGAAUUCUCGAAGAUAAUGUCCUCCUCUUUUGGCUCCAGAUUGCACGCGAGAGAAUUCAAUUAACGGCUUAUUGGCUUAAAACCAACGCGCGGUUGCCCUUUCCCACUUUCCCCUCUUUCAUCCGUCCUCCUCCGUCCCUUCGCCGCUCAUUAUGUCGGCCUCACCCACUCACGAAGACUUGGAACACAAUAAGGACGAGCUGGAGGAGCAAGAAGGCGAAGCUGAGCCAGGUCCUUCCAAUCCUACCGCUGCUGCUACUGCUACGGAACCCCCACCGAAGCGCAAACGGGGUCGUCCUCCCGGCAGCAAGAAUAAGAAAGCGCUUGCCGAGGGUGCAGCAGCCCCGAGCGACGUGCCAGAACAACCCAAACGAAAGCGAGGUCGACCUCCUAAGCCUAAACCAGAAGAAACGAGCGAGGAACCCCCGCCUAAGCGCAAGAGAGGUCGUCCCCCUAAGAAGAAACCAACCCCUCAGCCUGCUGAGGAAGAAGGAGGAGAAGGAGAAGCAGCAGAACCGUCUGCCCCGCCAAAGAGAAAGAGGGGACGGCCUCGCAAGGAAGCAUCUUAGGACUCCUAGGUAGUUUGUCUAAACAGUCCAUGCAUUUUGCUUUCACUGCUCUUGCUUUCAUAGUUAUCUUGCUUCUAUACUACAAUCUCCGCCACGAUCGCCAUGCCCUUUCUGUUAUGUGCUUCAAACCCCAUCUAUCUCGUUAUCUUCAUACAGUAGCCUGUAUACCGUAUUCAUUCUUCUUAUUCUCUCGCCUUAUCUCACGAUCCUCACGUUCUGUAGGCCACGAUUUCUCUUUGUUCGCUUCAGGUUCGUCGUCAUGUAUACAACCGUCAAUGAUGAUCAUAUCUUUCUGUAUUGUUCAUCGACUGAGGGCUCAAUUUUCUCCCAUGCACAGACCAAUAUUCCACAUGCCAUAUCGUGCAUACCACGACUCGGCGACCUAUUAUCUCCAUAAUCGCCCAUAAUUCUCCGUCGGUAGUCUACCAUCCAGGUCCCACAAAAUGUCGAGGGAAAAUGGGGUUCUUUAAGCGAUGAUAAUGAUGCGAGUGAGAACAAACCAGAUGACAUGUAUGACUUCACUUCAAAUUGUCAGCAUCCCGCGAGUCGUUCCUUCCAUUAGAAAGUACUAAAGUGACAAAUGUACAUAAACAUGUAG